AUGGAAAAAUCGGGACUGUUCAGCCUCCUGUACUACUUCAUUCUCAAUUCGCCCUUUAUGAUUUGUGCAAAUGCGGCAUUUACUGAAGUCCCUAAAGAUGUGAAUGUGGGGGAGGGAGAGGAUGUGGAGAUGCCCUGCGCCUUCAAGGCUGUGAGCUCAGCGCCCAUGUCUUUGGAGAUCCAGUGGUGGUACCUGAAGGAGGAUGUGCCUGAAGAACUGCCUCAUGAGCUGCAGAUCAGUGCCCCGGCCAACCGAGCCAAGGUCGUUCCAAGGGAAGCCACGAAAAUAAGUACGGUGCGUGUUCAGGGAAACGCCAUCUCCCACCGCCUCAGCCUGUCCAAGGUGAAGAAGCAAGAAGAGGGGAUGUACGAGUGUCGUGUGUCCGACCUGUGGGCCGACGAGACUCAGGAAUUUACGGUUCACGCCGCCCUGCACGUCACGCUGGGCGACGGCAUGGUGGCCGAGGAGGCUGUGUCGCACAUCCAGAACCGCUGGCCCCUGAGGAAUACCAACACGGGCCUGCGGGGGGGGGGAGCAGGGAGGGCCACCUCGGAGCCCGGCCAGGGGCUGGCAGGAGGUCAAAGGUCAGGGCAGGGGAAGCACCGGGUGCCUCAGCAGGCCCAGCCCGGCCUCCUCCCAUCCAUCUCGUCCACCACCACCUUGGUGGCCAAGUCGUCAGCCUCGCCGCUGCCAGGGAAUGCAGCCAUCCUCCGGCUGCAGCUUGGAGCUGCCCCUCUUCCACCAGGGAUGCAUUGA